AAUUAGGUUAUUUAGGAGUUUUACCAAUCGUUAAUCCCGAAGUUAUUGAUUUAGGGCUAAAAUUAGCUUCCACUUUGGAAAUGAAAAUUAGUAAAACCAUUCUUUUUGACCGCAAAAUUUAUAAUUAUUUUGAUUUGCCAAAAGGCUACCAAAUUACUCAGCAAGAACUUCCUUUUGCUAAUUCAGGCUUUUUACCAGUUAUUAAAGGAAAUAAAAUUGAAAGGAUACCAAUUAAAACUUUACAAUUAGAAGAAGACACUGCCAAAAGUAUCUAUGCAAAGGAGGGAAUUAAAUUAGACUUUAACCGGGCUGGCAAUCCUUUAAUUGAGUUAGUUACUGAGCCAGUUUUCCACCAAAUAGAAACAGUUUUAAUUUUUAUUAAACAGUUGCAGAGCCUUUUGCGAUAUUUAGAAGUUUCCGAAGCCAAAAUGGAAAAAGGUCAAUUGAGGGUUGAUUUAAAUUUUUCUUUGCAAUUAGGUAGUAAAUAUUCUACCCCCCGUUAUGAAAUUAAAAACCUUAAUUCUUUAGCGAAUAUUGAAAAAGCAUUAAAGCAUGAAAUUAACAAGCACCAGUUAUUAUUUUCUCAAGGACAAGAACCCCCAAUUAGUCAAACGCUUGGAUUUGAUGAGGCGCAACAAAUUACUAUUACUCACCGAGAAAAAACUAAUUACUAUUAUUUGCCCGAA